UACGCCAUUCGACUCCAAUUACGUUGAGUCCUCACUAGUAAACAUGGCUGUGACACCGGCACGAAGGUCGUCUUUGUACGAUUUAGGUAUGUGGGCGGACCGGACCGCCCUCCAUGAAGCUGCAUCGCAGGGCAGGGCUUUGCAGCUGAAACAGUUGAUAGAAAGUGAGGCAUCGGUCAACAUCGUGACCGUGGACAACAUCACUCCUCUGCACGAAGCCUGCUUACAAGCUCAUCCGCAUUGUGCACGACUGCUGCUGGAAGCCGGAGCACAGGUGGAUGUGCGGAAUAUCCAUGGGAGCACUCCCCUCUGCAACGCCUGCUCUUCUGGCAGUUUGGCAUGCGUCAAGCUGCUGUUGGAAUACGGCGCCAAAGUCAAUCCGUCACUCACUGCUUUGACGGCGUCCCCCCUGCACGAGGCCUGCAUUCAAGGUAACGCCGAAAUAGUGAAGUUGAUGAUAGCCAGUGGCGCUGAGCUGGAGGCGUACGAUGUUCACUUCGGCCCACCUUUGCACAUCGCUUGUGCGAAAGCGCACGUGAACUGUGUCAAGGAGCUACUGCUUGCAGGUGCCAACGUGAACUCCAGUAAGUUUCACGAGACAGCCUUGCACCACGCAGCUCGACUCGACAAACCGGACAUGAUUGAGCUGCUGGUGGAUUUCGGAGCCAACGUGCACACCACUGACAACCUGGGGAAAAAGCCCGUGGAGUACUCAACACCUGCCUCUCCCCCGUACGACUGCCUCAGGUUUUAUGAAAGCUGCUGGUCAGAGAGAACAGAGGUCCACAAGGCAGCGUCGCUGGGUCAGGCUUCUCAGCUGCAGCACCUCAUCCACAGCGGAGCGUCUGUCAAUAUUGUAGCCGUGGACUCCAUCACACCUCUGCAUGAGGCCUGCCUUCAUGGACACACACAGUGUGUCCGGCUGCUACUGGAUGCCGGAGCACAGGUGGAUGCAAGGAACGUGGAUGGCAGCACCCCUCUGUGUGAUGCCUGUUCAGUUGGCAGUUUGGACUGUGUGAGGCUCUUACUGGAGUACGGGGCCAAGGUCAACCCUGCCCUUACUUCCCGUACUGCGUCACCCCUCCAUGAGGCCUGCAUGGGAGGAAACUCAGACUGUGUGAAGUUCUUGAUUGCCAUGGGUGCUUGUCUGGAGGCAUAUGACCUUUACUAUGGGACCCCACUGCAUGUAGCUUGUACCAACAAACACACAAACUGUGUUAAAGAGCUACUCAAUGCAGGUGCCAAAGUCAAUGCUGCCCGGCUGCACGCGACGGCACUGCACCACGCUGCCAAAAGCAUGCGAGUGGAAAUGAUCGAGAUACUCGUGGAAUUUGGAGCCAACAUUUACGCCAGAGAUAAACAUAACAAAAAACCCGUUGACUACACGACGCCAGGAUCUCCUGCUGCAGUCUGCUUGCAGUCCUACGAGGCCACUCCCAUGAGCCUGCAGCAACUCAGCAGGUUGGCAGUACGUAGGAAGCUGGGCAUCAGAGCUCUGAACGUCAUAGGUCAAUUGCAGAUCCCAAAACUCAUUAUCAGCUACCUCUGCUAUCAGUGAAGAGGACAUGUGAAGAGGAUUCAGAUGAUCGUCUUAAAAAAAGAAGAAGAUUGUAUUAUUUAUUCACGUGAAGUACUGAGGGAAGACACCAUCAACAACAUGCGCUUUUAACCAGACGUAUUAGUGGGAGGACACAUGACGCCACAUGACACCACAUGACACCAUAUGCCCUCAUAUUUCCUGUGGCCAUAAAUAAAGCACAACACAUAUAAACCACAAUAAAGUACAAACACUGUAAAUGCUGUAGUUAUACUGUAGAGUUAAAAUUGUAAUGACCAAAAUCGCAAAGUAGGCGAUGAUUGGAGAGAGGCUGUUAUUGCCAAAAUUUAAAACAAAAAAGUCGUAAAUUUGUGAGAAUAAAGGCGUAAAUUUAUUUUGAAAAAAAUCAUAAAUUUUACGAGAAAAAAGCCGUAAAUUCACGAGAACAAAGUUGUCAAUUUUGAAGAAAAGUUCGUCAAUUUGCGAGAAAAAAGUUGUAAGUUCACGAGGAAAAAGUCGUACAUUUAUGAAAAUAAAGUGGUAAAUUUACGAGAAAAAAAGUCAUAAUAUUACCUUUGACUAAGGCCAAAGGUCACAUAAGUCCCCCCUUUUCAUAGCUGUCUCAGGCAAUGCCUGUUCUGACAGAGUAUGAAAUAAAUCUGAGAUUUCUAGAGACAUUUAUCAGAAUAAAGUCGCAAAUUUACGAGAAAAAAAUACAACAAAGUGAGAUGAUGCCAACCCAUGCUAAUCUGUUUGUGCUAAACUGCUCUGCUUUGCUGCCACGUUAUAAAUAAAAGCUUGCCUCAAGCAAGAGGAAAGUUUCCUUCCUUCCUGAAGCUCUAUUUAAUAUUAUUUAUUAUUAUUUACUCUUGAAAUCUCAGCUUAUUAUUUUUUUUUUUCAAUUUGGCCCUAAUACUCUGUUGUAUAUUUACAAUCCAAAGGCGAAACUUGAAAGUAAUUUUAGACCGUGGGCGUGCUAAGUGAGCUCUAGCAAGCUUGUCAUCGUCAUCACACGCGCGGCGAUAUCAUCAUCGGGCAGAAAAGCCGAUAACGAUAUGAACGAUAUCUCAUUUUUACGCCAGUAUCGUUCAUAUCAAGGAGUGUAUCUUGAGUUUAAAAGGGUGCGCAGUUAAAAAGCUGGAAAAGAAAAUGUUUAUUGUACUAUGGGAUGAGAAAAGACGUGCCCGUGUUGUGGAAUGUAAAUUCUGCCGACUAUGACAAAAGAGGCACCGAUGUUAAACGGACGAGACUUUGCCUGCAUAGUUCCUCCCGUUUGUUGCUCUACUUAUAAACACGUCCUACCAGGCGCGUCUAUUUCAAACUCUGUUAUCAUUGCUCUGGUAAAUGUGCUCUAAAGACGAGUUAUUUUUAGCAAGACGCGCAGGAUGUUAUUUAGGAAUUGAAGUACUUCGCAGUUGUGUCAUCAGUUGUUGUCCGUGUCAACAUGACCUCCUUUGGAGGUUUCAUAACUGGCCUAUUUGACCACGUUUUAUCAUAAUAAGACAUGGCUGGCUGGAAAUAUCUGAUGGGAUUUAGUUUGCGUCCUAUUUUGAGCUCUGUUAGUUUCUCCUUCUCAAAGAGCAAGCUCGAUAAAUAUUUCUCCUCGUUCCUGCCUGCCAAGUGAAUUUAGUAGCAUAGAUUUAACGAUUAUGAUUUAUAAUAUUACAUGCAGUUUUAUAAUGUUAAGCUUGGGCUAGCUCUGUGUCAUGGCCUGCACAGAACGACACAGACCUUUACUGCUGUAGACUGUAAUGUACUGUCAGGUGGUCAAAGUUUGUUAAAGCAAAACAAAAGGAUUGCUUUCAUGCAACCAAAAUCCAUUUAUCGACCUCCGCAUGCGCUUUAACAUGUUGCCACUCAGCUGUUGGUGUGACAUGCAGGUGUGUUACACUUGCCGGACUGGUGUUUACAAUCAACUCAUCAUCAAUGUUGACUGAGCAGUUUGCUCCCGAACGUAACUCCAACUCCUGUGUUGUGCAACAUACAUUCCUCGUUUAUCGCAGUUAAUUGGUUGGUUCAUUGGUUAUGGCAUAGAAAACCCGUUUACGAUCUUCUAAAUAUGGUUUUUAACAAUAUUAGAGCCCUCGAGACAUGAAAUAACACCCAUGUAGUCACAUGUACAUUUGUAUUACCCAAUGUAGUAGCUAUAAUCAGAGAAAAUAAGACAUAUUAGACAUAAAGAACUGUCCUGCAGUAGCUAUUUUCUCAUCAGUGUUUGCAAUGGCGGCUUUAAAUGGCUUUACACUCGUAUUACCCAAUAUAGUAGAGAUAGUAAGAGUAAAUGAGACAUUUAAGACGUAAGUAAGUAAAACUUCUGCUUGUGUGUGUCACAGUAAAUGUGUUCCCUUUGGGACCUUAGUAGCGGGAGGACAGGAAGUGAUGUCGGAGGUUCAGGGUUGAGUUUUAGCUUGUCGUGGGUUAUGGCCCAAACCGUAGCCGUGUUAUUAUUAGGAUUAUCAUGUUAUUAUUAUUGUGCCUGUUGUGAGAUAAUUUAAACUUGCAUUAAAUGCCUGUUCUGACGAUCACGUCUGGUGCUUGUCACACCAAACAAUUACUAACACCUAGUGACCAACGUAGUAUACUACAUUCGCAAUUAGAAUGCUUCUUCUGCCUUGUGUUUGUAUUUUAGUUCAUUUAGUUAGUUCAUUUAACCAUUUUUAUGCUUCAAAACGCUUAAUCUGGGCCACGAAUAUGUACAAUUUGCUUAAAUAUGUAUUUUUUUAAACUAAUAAUAGGCAGUAGUUAAUGACAAAACAGCGAUCAUUAAUUCAUUUUUCAAAAACCACAAUAGAAUGAGGGCAGGGAGUGUUCAAAAACAUUUCAGAAAUCUCCUCCUCUCCAAUUAUUGCCUGCUUCCGUCUUCCGCUCCAGUUCUCAUGAUCACAUUUACAGUAAUCGUUGAGAGACAUUGCGGUUGAUAGCGUCCCCUACUGUCAGGACUGUUCAUCUGGCUUUCAACUUUUCAACUGUUCCAACGUGAUGGAUCAUUUUGAUUCAAUAGCGCACCCACACUGUCAUUUCUUUCUCAAAAUUGUUUGUGCACAGCUCCAAGUAAAUAAAUAAUGGCCUUUUUUCACAAUGGCGCCCUCAUGUGGCCAACAAUGACAUGCUGGACAAUGACAAUUUGGUUUGAAACCUUUCUUUGCGUUACAAAAAAAACAAACUUGUGUUCCAUUUGCAGCUCCAGACUAUUUUUCUUUAGCAUAAGGGGCAAAAUGGCUCGUGUGAUAGUAAAAGUUGCCAACCCCUGUCAUGACAUGACUUUUUCCAUUCUUGCAACUGUGAAAAUAGCCUUUUUUGUAAAAAUGAAUGAUUUCUUUUACGUUUUAAAAUAAUUUCAAAAUAUAUAAAUGUGUUAGGGCCGCAUGGUGGUCUAGUGGUUAGCACGUUGGCUAAAACCUAGGUUCGAUUCUCCCUUGGGCAUUUCUGUGUGGAGUUUGCAUGUUCUCCCCAUGCAUGCGUGGGUUUUCUUCGGGUACUCCGGUUUCCUCCCACAUUCCAAAAACAUGCAUGUUAGGUUAAUUGGCGACUCUAAAUUGUCCAUAAUAUGAGUGUGAGUGUGAAUGGUUGUUUGUCUCUUUGUGCCCUGUGAUUGGCUGGCGACCAGUCCAGGGUGUACACCGCCUGUCGCCCGAAGUCAGCUGGGAUAGGCUCCAGCAUGCCCCCACGACCCUAAUGAGGAAGAAGCGGUAUAGAAAAUGGAUGUAUGGAUGGAUAAAUGUGUUAAAAUAAUUUUCAUAAAAAUACUGAUUCAUUCAUGUAAGUGCAACAUUAUUCUUAUGAUAUUAAGACAUUACAUUCAAAUUUUCAUUGUGGCUCCAAUACUGUUCCAAUAAUAAUGGCGUGUAUAAAAAGUAGGUUCAGUUGCACGCUCUGACCACUAGGCUGUGCUCUACAAAAGGAUAGGACUGAACCAUACGUUCCUAACGUUAUCAGCCAGAGUGUGUUCAGGCCCAGAGGGCAAAGACAGCAGAAGCUUCUGUAAAUGUGGUCAUUUUCUCCUUCCAGCCUGCUGAUUUACAUGCGAGUGUAAGGAAACACAAGCAGGAGGCCUUCCUAAGUGCACUGGAAACUGGAAAGGGAGAUGGCUUGUGUAGAUUGGUUGGAUCGGAGGCCCUGCACAGGCAGGAACCGGGAGGCUUUUGUUUGGGACUCAUGAGAUAAACAGUGAGAUGGAUGCUGUGAUGGUCCACUGCUAUACUCCACCCCCACACCUUCAAAUGAGCUGCAGAUGUGUACACAAUGCUGCACAAUCGACAAGAGCCACUCGUCUUCUUGCUCAUGCUGCACGUCUCAAAUGGAACACUUCCGUCAGUACACUUCAGUAAGUCUACUACUUAGCGCCCGAGGGUGCAAAUUUUGAUAAGUGCUGUUUUGUUGCGCACUUUGAAUUGUGAAUUACAAUUAAUCAAAUGAGUCCCUACCCUUCUGCUACGUACACAAGAUGGCUACGAUUGAGUCCAGCACUGCACACUCACCAUUUCGAUUGAGUGCAACAUCUGGGUUCUGACAGUGCACUGCAUUUUUCCGCACUUGUCAGUGUGAACACAUUUAUGCACUCGAAAGAAUUAAGUGUAAGUACAGAAGUGCGCCGAUUGAGACAAAGCCAAAUAUUUGACAUGUUCUACAAUUGCUGGCUUUUACAUUAGAAUGUGACAAUGCUAACUAGCGGCCGGCAUGCACACUACUGCAGUUUUUCGGACGUGUGUUUUUGUGUAAAUACUGAACUAUUACUUGUUAGUAGAGUUAAAAUAAAUAAACCACGACUGUCAAAAAUAGCACGUUAACGGCGGUAACCAGUUUAUUGACUUAAUUACGUUACAUUUUUUGGCGUAAUUAACGCAUAGCAUCAUGGCAAGGCACCGCGCUCUGUUAUGACGACAGACUAGCUCCCCACAGAGUCACCCAGAAUCUCUGACACUGUUUUUGACUUUAUUCUUACCUGAACACGUCAACAGCAGUGCAAUUCCAACACCAUAUAUGUAUCUCAACUCCAAACACACGUUCGUCAUUGCAAUGACACUUCCUCAUUGCAACGAGACAGACCGCGAGAUGCAUUCAUGGACACCCGGAAAAUCACAAAAACGUCUUUAUCAUCGUGUAUGUGCGGUCUAAGUAAACAGAAAUGCAAAGAAAAAACAAUAUAGCCUUAUUCUGAUAACUCACUUUGUAACUCUUAAAGCGGAAAUGCCAGACAUUCACUCAAAACGUGAACGACGUGGUGUCUUUGAACGCAACUCCUCAUUGCCCAUAGUGAUACAAUUAAAGUCCGAUUAAAAUAUUCUGUUAAAGAAACCAGUGUUAGGUAAAUAGAUUUUCAGACACGUACGCCAUCUCUUAACGUGCUUUACAUCUUCAGUUAUUGGCGCUGUUAUUACAUCCAAAUACAUUAGAUUGUACUUUAUUUAUCUCACAAUGGGGACAUUUUGAUGUUACAGCAGCAGAAUAUAUAUAUAAUUCUGCCCUGUCAUUUACCUUUCUUUCAAUAGAAUGCAGCAAAAAUUGGCAUAUUUCAGAUAUAGUGUGACAUGGUGACAAUUACUUUUUUUUAUAAUUUAAUAUUUCUCUUAAUAUACGCAUUUUUGCCUGUGCCCAGACUUUAGGGGCACCCUGUAUAAUAAACAGAUAAAUAAUAAAUAAUUUAUCAAAAAAAAAAACAUUCUCAUUAAAACAACAACUGAAAAGAUUGAAUUUAAACACUGCCAAAGCCAUUAUAAUGUCGUUCUUUUUUUUUUUUUUUAAGACUGUGUCAGUAAAAGGUCAGCCUAACUAUGCAUGGAUGGAAAGUCCCAACGUAAUUUGUAAUUUAAUUUCAUUUACUUUCAUCUGUCUAUGGUAAGUGUGCUAUAAGCAAACAUAAACCCC